AUGGACACGCGGGUGAGCGUGGCGGAGGGAUCGGAUGACACUCCAUUCAAGGCCUGCUCCUGCUUGGCUGAGGUUGGAUGGAAGAUGCUGAGGUCGGACGGAAGAAGAUUGUCUCUUGUCACACAGCAGGAGCUUCACCGGUGUGAAGGAGUCGAAGUUGCACUCAAGGGACAAGAGGCCGAAGCAUCCAGACAGCAGCGGCCAGGCACACUCCGGGAACUUUUCGAAGACUCCUCACAAGUCUCCCAGGAACAAUACCAUCCCAGUAAGUGUCAGCGAGAACAUCUGAAGCCAAUGGCGGCCACGUGGGCGCUAUGCCCGGCGGCGGCGGCGGCCUGGAGUCACGGCCCCCUCUCUUCUGCGCCGGCAACGGGUCACCCCGAGUUUGAAACGAAUUCCCGCACCGCAGGGUGCCUGAUGCAACCAAAGCUGCAGUGCCACCUUGUGGGUGUCAUGCCUUUUGCGGGUCCUUCGGACGCCACUUCAUACAUGGUGAUGGGCCUCAAACAUCACCGGCAACGCAUUUAA